AUGGAAUUAACUAUUUAAAAAUGGAUUAAAUAAUUAUUCGAAUCAAUACUUCAAGAAUAAAUUUAAUAUUAGGGUAAUAGAAAGAAACUAAUAAGAUUACCAUAUUAAAUGAAUAAAGAAUUUUUCUCUGCAGAACCCAUUUUGACUAAAACAUUAUAUAAUAUUAUUAACAAAGGAAAGUAAAGAUCUUUCAACAGUUAUGGAAAUUUUGAAAUGCUUAUUAAAAUGAAUUCAAGAAUGAAAAUUUUAUGA